UACUGUGCCACGCAUGCUAAAAUGCCGGGGAGAAGGGGAAAGUCUUGACCUGGCGCGGAAAGCAUAAUCUUACAAGGGGCCCCGCUGUGGCUAUCAGGACGUGACCUCGUACUUCCGAAUUUGCCGCUAAACUACUGGCGCAGGCCGCCGACGGCCCCUGGGACCUACGGCCGGCUUUUGCAGCUGCACGCCACAGCCCAGCGAAGGAAGCGCCCGCGGAGCCAAGUCGGGCCCCUCCCGUCUUUCAAGAGGCCGCCGGCUGGGAGGCCGCCGAGCUCGGGCUGCCCGCCUCCCUCGCUCCCUCCCUCCUGCCAGCCCCGCACAGGGAGGCGCCUGAUCGGAGCCGGAAACCGGGGCUGCGCGGAGGAGCCCAGCUGUCGGAGUCUCCUGCCAGCCAGAAGAGGCACAGCAAGGAGACGAUGAUGUCGCAGGCCCCUGGGUCCUUGGGCCGCUGCAGCAGGACCAAACGCCUCCUGGGCUUUGAAUGGGCAGACCUUUCUAGCUGGCAUCACUUUGUCUGCUUGCUGAACCGGCCGGCCGACCCCGCAGCCCUGGGGGUCUUCCGCUUCCUCUUUGGGUUGUUGAUGGCCUUGGACAUUCCGCAAGAGCGGGGCUUGAGCUACCUGGACCACAAAUACCUGGAUGGGCUGCAGGUGUGCCGCUUCCCCCUCUUCAGCUUCCUGGAGCCGCUCCCACUGGACUGGAUGUACCUUGUCUACACAGUUAUGCUCCUGGGUGCUUUGGGGAUCAUGCUGGGUUGUUUCUACCGCCUCAGCUGCCUGCUCUUCAUGGUGCCAUACUGGUAUAUCUUCUUCCUGGACAAAACGGCCUGGAACAACCACUCCUACCUCUACGGCCUUCUUGGCUUCCAGCUCUUGUUCAUGAAUGCAAACCGCUACUGGUCUGUUGAUGGCCUCUGGAACCCACGGAAGAGAAAUGCUCACGUUCCGUUGUGGAACUACACCGUGCUGCGCAUGCAGAUCUUCAUUGUUUAUUUCAUUGCGGGUAUCAAGAAGCUGGAUGCAGAUUGGGUGGAAGGCUAUUCCAUGGGCUCUCUUUCUCGUCACUGGCUCUUCAGCCCCUUCAGGUUGGUGCUUUCCGAGGAGAUGACCAGCUUGCUGGUGGUGCACGGUGGAGGUCUGAUGCUGGACCUGACAGCUGGCUUCCUGCUGUUUUUCGACGCCACUCGUCCCAUGGCUCUUAUCUUUGUCUCCUAUUUCCACUGCAUGAACUCCCAACUCUUCAGUAUCGGGAUGUUCUCCUACACCAUGCUGGCCACCAGCCCACUCUUCUGCUACCCGGACUGGCCACGCCAUCUGAUUGCCAGGUGCCCCACGUGCUUCCAAAGGCUCCUGCCCCUCUUGGAGCUUCCGCAGCCCAGUCAGGAGUGCAUGUACGGCGAGGCCGGGCGGCCGAGAUCAGGCAGAGCAGCUCGGAGGCCAGGACUGCGACAGAAGCUGGGGGCCGUCUUCACGGUGCUGUAUGUGCUGGAACAGCUUUUCCUCCCUUAUUCCCACUUCAUCACUCAGGGCUAUAACAACUGGACUAACGGACUGUACGGCUACUCGUGGGACAUGAUGGUUCAUUCACGCUCUCACCAACAUGUGAAGAUUACAUACCGUGAUGGUCUCACUGGGGAGCUUGGAUACCUGAAUCCCGGGGUCUUCACACAGAGCCGGCGCUGGAAGGACCAUGCAGACAUGCUGAAGCAGUAUGCCACCUGUCUUAGUCAACUGCUGCGUAACUAUAACAUUUCGCAGCCAGAAAUCUACUUUGACAUUUGGGUCUCUAUCAAUGAUCGCUUCCAGCAAAGACUCUUUGAUCCACGUGUAGACAUUGUGCAGGCUGAGUGGUCACCUUUUCAAAAGACGAUGUGGCUGAAGCCUCUGCUGGUUGACCUGUCACCCUGGAGGACAAAGCUACAGAAGAUUGAGGACUCGUUGGACAACCAGACUGAGGUGGUCUUCAUUGCAGACUUCCCAGGUCUGCACCUUGAGAACUUUGUCAGUGAGGACCUUGGCAACACCAGCCUUCAUUUGCUGAAAGGGGAAGUAGCCGUGCAGUUUGCCAGCGCGCAGAAGAACUAUACCCUGCAGGAAGGAGACAGGAUACAGCUGCCGCCUGGCGAAUACCACAAAGUCUUCACAGUGUCCCAGGAGCCCUCCUGCUACAUGUACGUCUACGUCAACACCACGGAAGCUGCUCUUGAGCAGAAUUUCACACAGCUUCAAGAGCUGCGGGAGAAGGUGCAGAACGGGACUGAAACAGAGCCUCUCCCUCCAGAGCUGCAGCCCAUCUUGGACGGCUCCAUAGAAAACCUGAGCCAGGCGGACCCUGUCGUUGAGGCCUUUCUCCGCCGCCAGUGGCACAGGGAGGCACUGCAGAAACGGCGCAAUGCCACUCUCGCCGAGCGCUUCCACCGUUUCACGACCAAGAAGUACUUCACCUUCCGCAGGAGCUUUUUGAUGACCUGGAUCUCUUUGCGGAACUUAAUGCUGGGGCGCCCGUCCCUGGAGCAACUGGCGCAGGAGGUGGCCUACGCCAACAUGCAAUCUGAGCAGGGCUCUACAGCUAGCAGGCCAGACACGCUGUCAAAAGAGCCAGAGCACUCUGAACUUUGAGUGGCCAUCACUACUUUCGGUGCCGGCAGCAACAGCAGCAGGACUCUCAGAGUGGAGCCAAAGGAUGUGGGACACUGUGAGUGCACAAAGGCGCCGCUGCCUGUGCUUGCUGGACUGUGCUGCCGCCAUCUUGGCCUGACACUAGAAGGAGGCUGGAGUGAGCCUCUCCCUUCUCUGGACUUCUGCUCCUCAAUGGGGAGUCUCCCAAGGUCUCAGACUGGUGUAAUGAGCCACUGCCCCUUGCCCUCCCACACUGGCCUGUGCCUACUGGAGACUGGUUUGGUAGGGCAAAUGAGGCACUGCCCACCAACCUCAGUCUGCCCUUAAUCAGCCUUCACUUGCCUGACCUCAUACCUACAACCAGCCCAGGGCGGCAUUGACUGUCGGAUGCUUCCUCUUUGGUCUCAGUGUUGCUUUUGUAGAAUUCACGGAGGAGGAGGAGGAUGGGGACAAAACCAGAAUGAAUUUACUCUGGCCCUGCCAACUGGGCCUUCCUGCCCUCCCCCUCCCUGCCCAGUCCUGAUCUCCACUGGCUGCACCUUUCUUGUGUGUGCAGGGACUUCUGCACAGUGUCCUAAGGAAACACGGAGGGGCCAUGAACACAUGUGGGGAGAGUGAUGAUUCUGCUGAGUGGCACCAGGGGCUCAGCUGCCCUGCACUACUCGUAGGCUGAUAGCAUGCCCUUGCUAGAGAAGGGGGUGGGUGGGGGUCAAACCUUUCCGCUGCAAGGGUUGCCUUACCCUAGGCCCAGCCAGCUGUGCGGCUGCCAUGCCACGCAAUAGGGUGGUGUCGCAUUGACAAGAGGUAGGAAGUGAGGCGAAUUCCGUGGGCCAGCCAAAGCCUUUGGGACAAAGCACCAAGAGCGACCGCAAAGGGCUGAAGAAUCUGGGAAAGGUGCCCAAAUGGGAGCAGGUGUUGGCAGAAUGACUGGAAUAAAGCAGACAGAGCCCGGAGAGGAAUGCAACGGGUAAUAUUUUCCUGAGGGUAAACUGAGCAAGAAGAGUACAUAACAGGAGGAGAAAUAAAAUGGAGAUCUUUUAUCUUCCUUAAGUCAGGCCAACUCCUGCAGAACCACUUUCCUCUCCAACUCCAGCAACUGCUGAAAUCCAACCGUCUUCUUCACUAACUUCCAAUUGACUAGAACGUCCAGCCCGUCGAAAUUGCUAUCAUCUAGGGCCAUAUUCACGCCAUACAUUUUUCCGCUAUUGUUCCACUUUACACAGUAAUUGCUUCCCCCAAAGAAUCUUGGGAAGUGUAGUUUGUGAAGGGUGCUGAGAGGUGUGAGGAGACUCCCUUUUCCUCCUCAAAGAGCUACAAUUCUCAGAAUGUCAUAACAGUCCCCUGAGAACUCGGGGAAUUGUGGCUCUGUGAGGGGAAAAGGGGUCCUCUUAACCUCUUAAGUCCCUGUUCUUGUAUUUCCAGCUACCUUUCCCAACAGCACAUGAGUCACUCCAUGAGGUUCAUUCCUUUCAGUGGGCAGUACAGUUGCUCCUGUGAGUCUCUUAGAAAGGGAUACUUUACAUGCUACCCCAUGCACUGCUAGUGAUUGAAUGGGAGGCUUUUUUACCGUGCAGUGCGCUGGCUGGGGCUGAUGGGAGGUGUAGUCUGAGGGUCCUGUGUUGGGGGCAGCUGCUCUACCUCUUGAGCUCUGUAUACACACACGCACACAACUACCUUCACAUGAUUGGAAAAGAACUAGCAACCUUAACUGCCACCUGGGUUCCCAGUGGAGACUGGAUGUAACAGAGGUUCACAACUUUGCCUUGUAAUUGAGUCUAGAGAAGAGAAGGGCUUCUAGCUCCAGUGUGACCAAGACAAAACAUUAUUAAAAAGUGCAUUGUAUGAA